CCGCCCGGCGCCCUCUCUGUCGAGUACCAAGAAGCCAAGAAGACGAAGUGAGGUUUAAGAUUGGAAGGAAGCAAACCGAUUUCGUUAGAUUAUUCGUGUACAGAAGAGGAGAAUAAAAUGGAAGAAACAAGCGAAGUUAAUCCAUUAAAUCUAACUCUUGAUGAAGUGAUAGCACUAAACAGACUGAAAAAUAGAAGGGAAGAGUUAGACAUAGCAAAUGAAGAAAUACGAUUCAGCAAUUGUUCCUCAAAUGGAAUAUCUAUACGUGAUGAAGAUAUUGACAACCGAUUAAGGAAAAUGCCAGGAUUUGGGACAAAACCCAUUCAUUAUCGUCUUGGCAAUAAUAUCUAUAAACGUCUGCGGUUUAAAAACUACAGACAGAAGCAUAUGUAUAACUGCGUGAACAAGGCCAAGAUGUCUCUGUGGAGAAAACAUUCGGGUUUACUCGGGGGGAUACGUGUGAGAAACCCAGUUGCAUUGAAGAAGCCUUUUGUAUCAACUUUAACUCGGAAUUCAAUUUAUGAAUUUAACCGAUUGAAUGGUGGUUUAAUGAGAAAUGCAUUUAUAUCGGCUCCAUCUAUAAUUUCUCAUCAAUCAAUUUUGACAAAAAGGCAUUUGGCGAGAGCCUGUUUGAAUUCUGACGUCCAAGAAGAAAUAAAAAAUUUCCUUUCAUUAACAGACACCGAGAUGGUAGAAGAUCUUGUAGAACAAUUCAGACCCAUACCAAGAGAGACAAAUAAAACUAUAACUGAGAGGUUUUUAAGAUAAGUGUGGAACGUUCUGACGUCCAAGAAGAAAUUAAAAAUUUCCUUUCAUUAACAGACACCGAGAUGGUAAAAGAUCUUGUAGAAUAAUUCAGACCCAUACCAAAAGAGACAAAUAAAACUAUAACGGAGAGGUUUUCAAGAUAAGUGUGGAAAAAAUAAUCUGUGUUCGUAAUCAAACACAUUGCCUUUGUGCCUUUCAUAAACUAUUUUUUGUAUUGAAAUUAUAAUGUCUUAAGUAAUGUUAUUUUAACAGGUCUAUUGAACUUGUAAUCUCAAUACUACGUAAGAAGAAUGAUAGAGACACAUUUUUGACCAAUAUUUCUUGUAAUUUGUGUUCUGUGUAACCUACAGCUCAUGAUGUAUAAUUAGAAUUGUGGAAAUUCCUUGUAAAAUAAACGUUAAACUUGCCAUGAA